GCUUCACCCGCCUGUGAUUUUUAGUGGGUCUCCGCCUUCGCCGUGGCGGCCAGACCCGAAUUUCCACGAGGCAAAUUCCUCCCGAUGAGAGGAAUUCCACCAUUGCCGGUGGCGCCAACCCGGAAGUCCCUUUGUGGGAGUUUACUAUAGAUCCCCAAGCCAAACAGAGGACAUAGAUGAUGCCUUCCUGGAACAGAUGGCCAAGCAUGCAAAAGGAAGGGAGAUAGAAGUAAUGGGGGACUUCAAUUACCUGGAUAUUUGUUGGAUGUCAAACUCAGCCAAGAGCAUAAGGUCAAACAGAUUCCUCACUGGCCUUGCAGACAACUUCAUUGUCCAGAAAGUGGGAGAAGCAACAAGAGGAACAGCCAUUUUAGAUCUGGUCCUAACCAAUGUUGAUGACCUGGUUAGUGGGGUAGAAGUGGAAGGAUCAUUAGGCGCGAGUGAUCAUGCUCUUCUGAAGUUUACUAUACAGCGGGGACUUCCGGGGUGGCGCCAUCGGCAAUGGCGGACUCCCUCUGAACUGGAGGGACCAGCUCCGCAUGAAACGGGUCUUUUCCGCUACGGCGAAGCGGGGACCCUUCUGGAAAUCACAGGCGGAUGAAGCCUGUGACCCUGGGACUCGGCGGGCACCCUUAGCACCCCCCCAAACAGCAAAGGAACCCACUAACGGGCUCCGAAGCAAAGAGGGGGAAGUGGCGCGGUGCUGUGAGUCAAUUGCUUUUUCUGCGGAGCGAAGCCGCAUAGCCGUUGCUGGAGAGCGCUGCCUUUUUCCUGGGACAAUUUGGCAUCUAAAAUAACCACCCGUGAGUACUGGAACAUUGAACAUUUGGACUUUAAAUAAGAACUGGCAAAAUAGAAAGGAAUUUGGACUUUAAAAUUUACCUUAAUUUGGUACUGAAAUGGGAAGGUCUAAACAGGAAGUCAGCCUUCCGUUUCCUUGUAGCCAGAAUAAAGCAAAGACAACGUAAACUAGAGCUUUAAAAAUCACCUUCAAAGGAUUGGCUUUCAUCAUUUAAAAUCGCUGAACCCCCCUUCGGCAGCAGGAGAAGAAGGGGGAUCUUUCUUGGGCUGUUUAAACCUGCAGAAGUGAGUUUAAAACAAAGUAAUUUUCCACCGUCCUGAUCCUGGAGCGGGGUGUCAGAAUUGACGUUUGAAGCUCAUUGACCAGAAACAAAUGUCUUUGACAGAUAGUUAAAAGAAGAGAAACAUAGUGAUUCCAUUGUUUCCUUUCGCAUUUUAAAAAGAACAAAUAUGGACAAAAUACUUUAAAAAAGAAACUUUGUUACUAUUGUUUUUAAAAGAAAGAACAACCAGAAGAUUUCCCCCUAGAGGGGGACUGUGAAAUUGUAACUAAUUCCUGGGAGCUUGCAGCUGUCACAGAUUACAACCGUGGGAAAGGAUUUGUGACCUUGCAGGACAAUGUCUUCAGAAGCACUGUUGGGUGCUCUCUGCAAAAUAAAUGCCCUAUUGGAUCAGUUAAGCCAGAAGACGGAUUUGAUGACUAAUGCGGCCAGAACCUUUGAACAGGUAGUGGGAAAUUAUAUGGAGCCCACCCAGGAGCUAAAACAGGAGUGUGCCAUGACAGAACAGUUGAGAGAAGAGGAUGCUGCUGAAUCUUGGGCGCCAGAGACGGAGGGAGCUGCGGCCCAGCAGGAACAUAAAUUUUUGGAUUUGAUAAAUGAACUUGGAAAAAACCAGACUUGGAAAGAUAAAGUUUGGUUUGGUUUGGAAAUGGGGGGUUGGACAGACCCCCCUAUACAGGGAGAUUUGGACUUUUCGAGUCUGGCAAUGGGCCGUCAGAUGUUUGGAGCUGUGGGGGCUCUCAAUCUUGGAGGGAAUCUGAAACAUGUUUUUAAAUACCACAUGGAGUCUAGUCUGGACUAUGGAAAAGGGGCUGAUUUGUUGAAAAGGGUCAAAAACAUUACCAAGCUGGAGUUCCCACGAAUGAAAGGAAAAUAUGAAGAAGAGCUGCGGAAGGGACAUGGAAGAGAUUUGAGGGCUUUGGAUAUAAGAUUACCAGGUUAAUGUGCUAGAUUAAUAAGAUAAAAAGGACUGACAAAACCCGGGACCAGGAGGAAGGGACGCUGGAUGAAGAUUGGAUUGUUUAUUUCUUUUUUUUAUCAUUAGGAUUGUUCUAUAAAAUUGAUGAAUGCUAGAAAAAUGUUGAAAUGAAAUUACUUGGCUCUUGUAAAAAUGUCUAAAGAAUUUGGUAAGAAUGUUAUGGCUAGGAGAAGUUGGUAAAAAUAAGAUUUAAGUUUUAAACUUUAAGGUUUUCUAUAAGAUAAGAUGAAAAUAGAUUAAGGUAAUGUAAUGACAGAAUACUAUGAAUUAUGGAAAGGAUUUGCUGCGAUUAUUAUUAAUCAGGAUACAAGAAAAGGGAGGAGGAGGAGGUCAAAGAAAGAAGGUAUUGAAAGUGGAGAAUUUGAGAAUGAUGGUUUUAUUUUUUUUAUUUUUUCUGUCUUGUCUUUUUUUGUGUGUAAUUUUUUUUAAAAAUUUUUUUUCAAUAAAUAUCAUUUUAAAAAAAAUGAAGUUUACUAUACAGCGGAAAGGAGCAGCCAAGCAUACUAGGACUCAAUUUCUUGACUUUAAGAAAGCCGACUUCAUAAAACUUAGGGAAGUGCUGGGUGAGAUCCCAUGGAAAGUAAUACUAAAGGGAAAGGGAGUUCAUGAUGGCUGGGAGUUUGUUAAGAGGGAGAUAGUAAAAGCACAACUUCAGGCAAUACCAAUGAGACGGAAACAUGGAAGGUGCCUAAAGAAGCCAGGGUGGCUAUCUAAAGAACUUUUAACUGAGUUAAGAUUUAAAAAGGAUGUGUACAAAAAUGGAAAAGGGGAAACCACCAAAGAGGAAUUCAAACAAAUAGCCAGCACGUGUAGACACAAAGUCAGAAAAGCUAAAGCACAGAAUGAACUCAGGCUUGCUAGAGAGGUUAAAAGCAACAAAAAGGCUUUUAUGGGUAUGUUCGUAGCAAAAGGAAGAACAAAGAAACAGUGGGGUCACUCAGAGGAGAAGAUGGUGAAAUGCAAACAGGGGACACAGAAAGGGCUGAACUCCUCAAUGCCUUCUUUGCCUCAGUCUUCUCCAAAAAAGAAACAAUGACCGACCUGAAGAAUUUGGAGCAAAUGAUUCAGCAAAGGAAACACAGCCCAGAAUAACUAAGGAGAUAGUACAAGAAUACUUGGCUAGUCUAGAUGUAUUCAAGUCUCCAGGGCCAGAUGAACUGCAUCCAAGAGUAUUAAAAGAACUGGCAGAUGUGAUCUCAGAACCACGGGCAGUCAUCUUUGAGAAUUCCUGGAGAACAGGCGAAGUCCCGGCAGACUGGAGGAGGGCAAAUGUAGUCCCUAUUUUCAAAAAGGGGAAAAGAGAGGACCCAAAUAAUUACCGCCCAGUCAGUCUGACAUCAAUACCAGGGAAGAUUCUGGAGCAGAUCAUUAAGCAAACAGUCUGUGAGCACCUAGAAAGGAAUGCUGUGAUCACCAAUAGUCAGCAUGGAUUUCUGAAAAAUAAGUCAUGUCAGACUAACCUGAUCUCGUUUUUGACAGAAUUACAAGCCUGGUAGAUGAAGGGAACGCAGUGGAUGUAGCCUACCUUGAUUUCAGCAAGGCAUUUGACAAGGUGCCCCAUGAUAUUCUUGUAAAGAAGCUGGUAAAAUGCGGUCUUGAUUAUGCUACCACUCAGUGGAUUUGUAACUGGCUGACUGACCGAACCCAAAGGGUGCUCAUCAAUGGUUCCUCUUCAUCCUGGAGAAGAGUGACUAGUGGGGUGCCACAGGGUUCUGUCUUGGGCCCGGUUUUAUUCAACACCUUUAUCAACGACUUGGAUGAUGGACUCAAGGGCAUCCUGAUCAAAUUUGCAGAUGACACCAAACUGGGAGGGGUGGCUAACACCCCAGAGGACAGGAUCACACUUCAAAACGACCUUGACAGAUUAGAGAACUGGGCCAAAACAAACAAGAUGAAUUUUAACAGGGAGAAAUGUAAAGUAUUGCACUUGGGCAAAAAAAUGAGAGGCACAAAUACAAGAUGGGUGACACCUGGCUUGAGAGCAGUACAUGUGAAAAGGAUCUAGGAGUCUUGGUUGACCACAAACUUGACAUGAGCCAACAGUGUGACGCGGCAGCUAAAAAAGCCAAUGCAAUUCUGGGCUGCAUCAAUAGGAGUAUAGUGUUUAGAUCAAGGGAAGUAAUAGUGCCACUGUAUUCUGCUCUGGUCAGACCUCACCUGGAGUACUGUGUCCAGUUCUGGGCACCACAGUUCAAGAAGGACACUGACAAACUGGAACGUGUCCAGAGGAGGGCAACCAAAAUGGUCAAAGGCCUGGAAACGAUGCCUUAUGAGGAACGGCUAAGGGAGCUGGGCAUGUUUAGCCUGGAGAAGAGGAGGUUAAGGGGUGAUAUGAUAGCCAUGUUCAAAUAUAUAAAGGAUGUCACAUAGAGGAGGGAGAAAGGUUGAAAUUUUCUGCUGCUCCAGAGAAGCAGACACAGAGCAAUGGAUCCAAACCACAAGAAAGAAGAUUCCACCUAAACAUUAGGAAGAACUUCCUGACAGUAAGAGCUGUUCGACAGUGGAAUUUGCUGCCAAGGAGUGUGGUGGAGUCUCCUUCUUUGGAGGUCUUUAAGCAGAGGCUUGACAACCGUAUGUCAGGAGUGCUCUGAUGGUGUUUCCUGCUUGGCAGGGGGUUGGACUCGAUGGCCCUUGUGGUCUCUUCCAACACUUUGAUUCUAUGAUUCUACCUCCGAUCUUUUGUGUUGGAGGAUCCCAGAACUGCAUCUAAUGCACUUCCAAAACACUUUCCAAAAGUGUCACACAGAAGUGCUCUAAAUAACAAGCACUCAUUUGCCAGGAAUAACUCAGCAUCAGUUUUGCAUUAUGCUGUCGAUGCCAAGUUGGAAUAAGUCUGUGGCUGCAAGGUAGACAUGCAGGAAGUUUCUUGAGAAGCCAUUGCCAUUUGCUCUGGCCACCUCACCACUACCACUACCCUAAAUUAUUGCUUUGUCCUUGACCAUCAAGCCAAACCUUAGCAAUUAUCCUGAAGUUUUGAGCUGGUCUGGCAAUAUCCUUGCAGUGCCAGUCCAGGCUUUCUUGGUGACAAGUUUGUUCUGAAGUCAAUCAAAGAAAAGGCAGGCUUCCUCCAGGGAACCUGACCAGAUAUUAUGGUCUGUGUUACAGGAAAAGUGGAACAGCCAACCCUGUCCUGCAAAAUCUCUCACGGCACAGAAGCUUGAUGGUGCAGGAUUGAUUGACUGAUUGACUGAUUGACUGAUUGAUUGAUUUUUGAUAGUGAUGCCAGUUUACUCCUUGUGGGGUGGGGUUGGGGGGCAGAUAAAUGCUAUCUCAUUAACUGUUCACCAAGCAUGUUGGCGAAGACAGGCCAACCUGCUCAGAGUUGUCCAUUCACAUAAUGAAUCUCGACUGCUGAAAUUUGAUUUUGCACUCGAUGAGUUUCAGUGCUGCUUAAGAAUGGCAAUGCUUUGGACAUGUUUCACUUUUAUUUAUGUAAUAAAUUUAUAUGCUGUUUGGUUGCAAAACAAAAAACCAAAACAAAAAACCAAAACAAAAAACCCUCAAAUCAGUUUACAAAAGAACAAACAGUAAAACUGAGAAAAAAUCACAACCCUACUUUAAACAUACAAAUGCUAAAACAGAUACAAUUACCAGAGUUUUCUAAGCACCUGGGUAGGCUUGUCUAAGCAAGAUUGUUUUAGUUGUUUUUGUUGUUUAGUUGUUUAGUCAUGUCCGACUCCUCGUGACCCCAUGGACCAGAGCACACCAGGCACUCCUGUCUUCCACUGCCCCCCACAGCUUGGUCAAACUCAUGCUGGUAACUUCGAGAACACUGUCCAACCAUCUCAUCCUCUGUCGUCCCCUUCUCCUUGUGCCCUCCAUCUUUCCCAACAUCAGGGUCUUUUCCAGGGAGUCUUCUCUUCUCAUGAGGUGGCCAAAGUAUUGGAGCCUCAGCUUCACAAUCUGUCCUUCCAGGGAGCACUCAGGGCUGAUUUCCUUCAGAAUGGAUAGGUUUGAUCUUCUUGCAGUCCAUGGGACUCUCAAGAGUCUCCUCCAACACCAUAAUUCAAAAACAUCAAUUCUUCGGCGAUCAGCCUUCUUUAUGGUCCAGCUCUCACUUCCAUACAUCACUACUGGAAAACCAUAGCUUUAACUAGAUGGACCUUUGUUGGCAAGGUGAUGUCUCUGCUUUUUAAGAUGCUGUCUAGCUUUGUCAUUGCUUUUCUCCCAAGUAAAGAAAAGAUUGUUUUUAGCAGAUGCCAAAAAGAGUACAGUAAAGGUGCUUGAUUGGCCUCAAUAGGCAGGGAGUUCCGAAGUGUAGGCGCUGCAACACUAAGGGAUCGAGUUCUUACAAAUGUGGCUUGUAAGGGUUUUGUGUGGCACCUGCAGUAGCACCAAUUCCACUGAUCAAAGCAGAAAAGUGGGCAGAUGGCAGGUAAGGCGACCUUGCAGAUGUUCUUAACAUGGGUCUCCACCGUGGAAGUUCAUGUGCUUUAGGACCUGUGCGGGCAGAGGCAGAGGAGGAGCUGCGAGGAAACAGGUGUUAGCAGGGAGUAGGGCUAGAUGCACAGCUCUGCAGCCCCAUGUGACCUCUUGAACAUCUGAUUAGGUUUCAUCACUGGAGGCCAAGAGACACGCCCACCCCAUAGCUCAGUGGUAGAGCAUCAGUUUUGCAUGCAGAAAGUCCCAGGUUUGAUUCCCAGCCUCUCCAGUUCAGGCUGGGAAAAUUGAUGUUCUUUAGUUAUUAGAUCUGUAUACCACCUUUCAUCAAAAGACCUCAGGGUCGCAAGAUAAAAACACGAGAUAAAAGCACAAAUAAAUAGUUAAGGAACAUUGUUGCCUGGCGCCUAAAGAGAUAUAAUGAAGGCGCCAGGUGAACCUUCCUGGGGAGAGCAUUCCACAAAUGGGGAGCCACUGCAGAAAAGGCCCUGUUCUUGUGUUGCCACCCUCCGGACCUGUCUCUGAAACCCUGGAUAGCUGCUGGCAGUGAGGUGUAGAGAACACUGAGCAACUUUCAAGGAUCCCGUGUUUCUCUAGUCCUCAUCAGAACACUGGAGAAAACUCCCAGAUGUUUUGCCUAUAGCUUAUACAGAAGAGCACACGCUCUCUUCUUCCCUUUAACCCCCAUGUUCGCCAGUGACUGUACAGCUUUUUACAACCACAAUUGUUUUCUCCAUGCCGUUUCGUCAGCUCAUCCAGGAUGAUUCGUGAAGUCACGGGACAGAGGAAAACCUGACUCAGCAAUCUUUCUGCACUGCUAAUAAAACAGCCUGUAAAAUAAUAUGCGUAAUGGAUAUGGUUAAUAACGCACCAUGUAAGGGAGAAAAAGAAAAAAGCUUUGCAUUAGAAAUCAGGGAGAGGAGUGGAAACAAGGACAUAUGUUUCCUAUUCUUUCACAUGAUUUACACUCCACACUCAAAUGCGCGUCACUUAGGAACAAGCUGGGGCAGGCGUCGCCAAUGUGGCUCCUUCCAGAUGUUGCUGGACUUCAAAUCUCAUCAUCCCUGACCAUUGACUGUUACUGGCUGGUGGGAGCCCCAAAAUAUCUGGAGGGCACCAUGUUGGCUACCACUGAACUAGGGCCACAGAGGACUUGGCACAGGAAAACUGGCUAUUGAGGCCAUUCUACACCUCCAGCAUGUUACUGUUAUCAUAAUAUUUAAUUUGCAAGCUAAUCUAUCAAGAAGUCAUUCCAAUCGCCCAUAGCCUGCCCUUGGAGUAAUCAGGAUCUCUUUGGUGGUUACACAGGAAAACUCUUUUUAAAUGAAAUUAGCAUGACUUAAUAGAAAAGGAAAAUCCAGGGCAUUAAAUUUUAAUUACCACUGUUGUCUCAACUAUGUUCAAACAAAAGAACAGCUUGUCCCUGCAGCCCCCGUUGGAUUUUGCAUAAUCUCCACAAUGUUCCUUCUCCUGUUUAUUUUGUGCACACAAUAUAUUAUUGUAGAAAGCAGAUCUAUAUGUGAGGAAGAUUGCCAGGAAGGUCUGGGGGGGGGGAGGUGGACGCGGAGGGGGGGAGGAGAAGGAAUUGGACAUCGCCGCUCUCAAGCUUGUAGGAUGAAACUCAGCUGAAAACGGCGUCUCCUGCUUUGCCAGCAUGAAGGUCGGGUUCUGCCAUUUAAACCACACGGGGCAUUAUUCCGGCUCAAAAUACCCCUAUGCAUCACUGACAUUAAUGGGGAAACAAUGUGAAAAAAGUGCUGCUGGAUCCAACCAAAGGUGCAUUUAGUGGUCUUACAAAUGAUAUUAAACUGCAACUCUAACCAGCCCCCACCAGUGUAGCCAUUGAUCAGGAUUUGGGUAGCUCAGUUGGUUAGAGUUUGGCACUGGUAACACCAAGGUUGCAGGUUCGAUCCCCAUAUGGGACAGCUGCAUGUUCCUACAUUGCAAGGGGGGCUGGACUAGAUGAUCCUCAGGGUACCUUCCAACUCUCUAUUCCAUGGUUCUGUGAUCUAGUUCAGUACCCUCCUCCCACAGUGGUUGGGGAAAAGCUGCCCUCAAUAAUACUAGUAGCAGCAGCAAUGGUAACAAGGUAAAGGUAAAGGGACCCCUGACCAUUAGGUCCAGUCGUGACCGACUCUGGGUUUGCAGGUCUCAUCUUGCUUUAUUGGCCAAGGGAGCCAGCGUACAGCUUCCGGGUCAUGUGGCCAGCAUGACUAAGCCGCUUCUGGCGAACCAGAGCAGUGCACAGAAACGCCGUUUACCUUCCCGCCGGAGUGGUACCUAUUUAUCUACUUGCAGCUUGACAUGCUUUCGAACUGCUAGGUUGGCAGGAACAGGGACCGAGCAACGGGAGCUCACCACGUCACAGGGAUACGAACCGCCGACCUUCUGAUCGGCACGUCCUAGGCUCUGUGGUUUAACCCACAGCGCCACCCGCGUCCCUAUAAUGGUAACAAAUAAGUAGCAUAUUACAGUAACAUGUAGAACAAAUGUGCAGACUGGGUAUUGCAACUCAGCUAGGUAUUUGUGAGUGGAUGUAGCUAUGACACACCUUUGUCCCAUUCUUUCUCCAGCCAUUCACUGACUGGACGUGGAAUUUAGUACGGCUCACUCUUUCCUUUUCCCCACAGGUGUAGUCUCUCUCUUUGGAAACUCUCUCCUGCUGCUGGUAGCUUAUCGGAAGAGAGCCGUCCUGAAACCUGCCGAAUUCUUCAUCGUGAACCUUGCCAUCAGCGAUGUGGGCAUGACCGCAACCCUCUUCCCUCUGGCCACGCCAUCCUUCUUUGCACACAGGUAGCUGGCUUUGCUCAUUUGGUCAUGUUGUUGGGUUCCACUCUUCCGUUUUGAAAGCUCAGAGCGGCUGAUGGCUUCCUAAGAACACAGGAAUGCCAUAAGCUAGGCCUGGUACUGAGUCUGGCUCAGUCUUGUCCAUACCAAUUGACAGCAGUUGCUCCUAAUAUGUGACGUCACGGAUUGAACCUGUGACUUUCUGCGUGUGAAGCAGAGUCUGUACCACGGAGCUACAGCCCUUCCUCUCCAAGCAACGAUCAGGUUCUUCUUUGGCUUAGCUUGAGCGAUGAUGUUGCAUCAGGGCCAAACUACAUUUGGCGCAAGAGCUCCACGUUUGACGCUCCCGGCAUCUUUUUCAUUUUUGAAAAGCAGGUGGGAGGCAGUUUGGGUAGAUGCUGUAGGGCAUAAAAGGGGGUUAGCUAUCUCCCCCCCCCCCCAAUUUGCAUUUCCUACCCCAAAAGUACUAUCAACCACAAAAUGAAAAAGAUAUGGAUUUCUGUUCUUAAGCCUGCGUAUUUCCCCCUCUGCAGUUGAUAAGCAACUUUGGGAAGGCUGGAUUUUGAAGUAGGGCAAUGCUGUAGAAGAAGAAGAAGAGUUUGGAUUUGAUAUCCCGCCUUUCACUCCCCUUCAGGAGUCUCAAAGCGGCUAACAAUCUCCUUUCCCUUCCUCCCCCACAACAAACACUCUGUGAGGUGAGUGAGGCUGAGAGACUUCAGAGAAGUGUGACUAGCCCAAGGUCACCCAGCAGCUGCAUGUGGAGGAGCGGAGACGCGAACCCGGUUCCCCAGAUUACGAGUCUACCGCUCUUAACCACUACACCACACUGAGCAAAGUCCAAACUGGACCCUUCUGGAGUUUUCGUGGUAUAGUUUGACCCACUUUCCACCCUUUGGAAUGGUUCGUAAGACCACUCUGCUAACAACUGGAUCCAACCAUACGUUUCUUGAAUCUAAAUGGGUCAUCUGAACCAUCUGCCAUGUUUAAGACAGUUCAGCUCUGACCCCACCACUGCUUGAACACCACCACACCUAGAAAUUUUCUGCAUUUUGGAACUUUCUAAUGACAAGAGGUGUUUGGUUUUUGCUUGUUGUGCUUAGGAAGUGCUGUGCAAAAUCCAGUCAAAGUUCAGCAAAGCUGCAUCCUGGCCAUCUUGGCUUUCAUUUUGAAGUAAAACCAAAUUUCUAAUCCUUGUGGGUAAAACUGCAUGGACGAUACAUGGCUCGUGUCAGAGGACUGGGGGUGGCGUUCUGUUGCCUUGGCACCAUAGCUCUCCCUGCCCAGCAGAAACAAAUUGCUGGCAGGAUCAGCAAUCCUAACCAAGUCUACUCAGAAGUAGGUCCUACUGAAUUUGAGGUGACUUACUCUCAGAUAACCGGGGUUCUAACUGAAGCCUAAAUCAUGCAAAAGCUGUUCCGUUUGCAUAAUUUGUGUGCAAAUUUGCAAAGUUGCAAUCAUUGAUUCUAUGUUUUCGAAAUUACAAGAAAAGAACAAGUGUUGAAUAUUCAAUAUGUUGAAUAUUGAUUUUACACAGGUUGCGGAAUUCAACUUUUCCUGUUGCAGGAUGGCUGGAUGGGUAUCUCAUGGAGCACACACGGUUCUGUGAUUAGGAUGCUUUUUUAUCAUUGUUAUUGGCCGCUGUGCAAAGUCCUGCUUGGACCAGUGAUGCUCAAGCAUCUCUUUCUGUGACUGGGUUGCCUGGGACACAAGGCCUUGUGGGAAAAUCAUUUAUUUCCCCUAGUUAUCUCUCCCUUCCAGGUGGCUGUUCAACCAUGCUAUGUGCACUUUCUAUGCCUUUUGUGGAGUUCUCUUUGGCCUGUGCAGUCUUACCAGCCUGACAGCCCUGAGUACCGUUUGCUGUAUGAAAGUCUGUUAUCCGGCGUAUGGUAGGUGCUGGGGUACACAACGUAAACAUCCUCCCUCUUGCUGAGCAUCUCUGUCUCUGUUCUGCUCCUCUCUCUCCUCUCCUCCCUCCCCAUCCCAGGGCUUGGCAACUCUUUCACAGGGUUAGGAAAGUCGUGAAUCUCUUAGCAACAUCUCUCCUAGGAGAACUGUCCAUUAGGGAGCCUAUUCAUCAAAGGUUUGAAAUUGCAGUAAUUAGCACAAAAAAAUAAUACAGCAGCUACCCAUUUUUCCCUUUUCAUUUGCAUAUGUAGAUUAAUCACCAGCCUGUCUGCUAUUUUGUGUCCAACUUCUAAGUCCUAAGAUAUAUGAUUGUGGAGGGAGACAACUUAUUUUUCACCGCUGCCAGUCAUGGGGGCAUAUUAUUAUUUGUCUCCUUCCUGCACUCAGACAAUUCAGAACCUUUUGGUACAUCAGUAAAGGAGGACAUAAAUGCUCACGAUGGUGAAAGAGGCAAAUAAAAAUUGCUCACGCAAAUUAGCAUUUUGAUGACAGAAUCGCAUAAUCUGAAAUCAUAAAGCAGGGUUGGCUAAUCCUUUUCAGCCCAAGAGGGGCAUUCAAGGUUGAAUGGGUAGAAAGAGUCUCCCAUUGUGAGAGACUUGGAGAAGAAGCAGGCUCUCAGGUGGCCGCUGGGAGGGUCUACUUCUCUCUGUGUGGAUAAAUGAUAGGAUAUACAUAAUAUAAAUAUGAUAAAGGGCCUUAUAGUUAUCUUCUUUCUUUCCUUUUUGGGGUUGUUUUUUUCUUUUUAUUCGUCUUGUUCUGUAGACUGGGGUGGAAUCCACACACAUAUAAAAAAAGUUCUGAAAAUGUUUUUUUAAAAAGCAUAUUUAAAAAUAGAUUGAAUUUUCCAUAAGGCUCCCCAUCACCAUCUAGCAUCACAUUGCAUAUUGUGCUUAAAACACACUUGAAAUGUUUUAAUUGCAGCUGUAUGCAAUUGGUGUUUGUAGCAAAGGUGGUCUCCGAACAUGCAUAACACCCACUGCAAAUCCAUACACACCCCGACAGCACGUGCAGAAACACAACUCUCUCUCUCUCUCUCUCUCUCUCUUAAUUAAAUUUGUCCACCGUCCUCUUAGAUCUCAGGACAGUUCACAACAUAAAAUUACUAUCUUUCUUCUUCUUCUUUGGCGAUCACUUGUAGCCGAGUAAGAUUGUCUUCCAUAAACACGGUUUUAACAAUGAGUCCAUAAGUGACUGUGGAGGCCAAUUCUGGAUCCACACGUCCUUCCACAGUGGGGACAUUGGUUUCCGGGCGGGAGCUGAUCACGGUGUGGAUUUGCCAAGCGUGCCUUCCUCUUAGCACAUUUCUCCCUUGCUUCCUGAGUUCGAGUGUCUUCAAAGCCCAUGACACCUUUGGAAAAGGCUGUUCUCCAACUGGAGCGCACACAGGCCAGUGUUUCCCAGUUGUCAGUGUUUAUACAGUGGUACCUCAGGUUAAGUACUUAAUUCGUUCCGGAGGUCUGUUCUUAACCUGAAACUGUUCUUAACCUGAAGCACCACGUUAGCUAAUGCGGCCUCCAGCUGCUGCCACGCUGCCAGAGCACGAUUUCUGUUCUCAUCCUGAAGCAAAGUUCUUAACCCGAGGUACUAUUUCUGGGUUAGCGGAGUCUGUAACCUGAAGCAUAUGUAACCUGAGGUACCACUGUACUACAUUUUUUUAGAUUUGCCUUGAGACAAUCUUUAAACCUCUUUUGUUGACCACCAGCAUUAUGCUUUCCAUUUUUAAGUUCGGAAUAGAGUAGUUGCUUUGGAAGACGAUCAUCAGGCAUCCGCACAGCAUGACCAGUACACACACACACAUACACAGAAUGCAUAAUAAAAACAUAAACAAAGACAACCCAAUAAUCCCCCAAUUCCACAACACAUUUUAAAAGGGGAUCAGAUGUCAAUCAGCCCAAGGCCUGGUUAAAGAGAAACAUUUUUGUCCAGCGUCUAAAGAUGCAUAGUGAAGGCACCAGCCAAUCCUCCCUGGGGAGAGCAUUCCACAAACAGGAAGCCACUGCAGAAAGGACCCGUUCCCGUGUUGCCACUCUCUGGACCUCUCAUGGAGGAGGCACACAACGAAGGGCUUCAGAUGAUGGUCUCAGGGUCCAAGUGGGCUCAUAUGUAGAGAGGCAGUCCUUGAGGUUUUGCGGUCCUGAGCUGUUUAAGGCUUUAUAGGUCAGAGCCCAAACCUGGGACUGGAAACUCAUUGGUAGCAAGUGCCGAUGAGACUGGAUCAGUGUAAUAUGCUCAGCUGAACCAGAUAGUACAUAAGUGCUGCUUUGGCCUAACUAGGCAUGGGAGAAGAAUUCGAUUCAGUUCUUGUUUAAAGGUGAACUUGAUGUAAUCCACACUUUCCAAAACAGUACAAGAACCAAGGUACAGUCGUUCUUUCAAAUUUGCACUUCUCCAAAUUUUCCAGUGCAGUUCUCCAGCCAAGCAAUGUGUGCAGAAAUGUGUAUACUAGCAUAAAGUGUGCAUAUAAAUGGUGAAAUCAGCAUGCAGAUAUGCAUUAUAUGAGGGAAAACUGCUUGCAGAAAUGUGUAAAAUAAGAAGUGAAGUUGACAGGUCCGUCCUUCCCUAAACCCAGCCGAGAAGUGCAUUUUCUCUCUUAGCAAGCAAAAGAAAACAAAAAAGCUUCCUUCUGGGCAGUGUGGGGUUAUUCUAGCCCUUAGCCCAGCUCCCCCCAACCUGGAGUUCACCCGAUUUUUUUGACUACAUGUCCCAUCAUCCCUUGCCAUUGGCCCUAUUGGUCUGGGGUUGUUGGGAGUUGUAGUCCAAAACAUCUGGAGGCCACCAGGCUGGGUAAGACUGCCUUCCUUUUUAUUCAUUUACAGUGGUACCUUAGUUUACGAACUUAAUCCAUUCCAGAAGUCGGUUCUUAAACCACAGCAUUCUUAAACCAAGAUGUGCUUUCCCAUAGCAGUGGGGGACUCAAUUUACAAAUGCAACACACUCAACAGGAAGCGAAACAUGUUCUUAUUCCAAGGCAAAGUUCACAAACCAAAACACCUACUUCAGGGUUUGCAGUGUUCUUAAACCAAGUUGUUCACAAACUAAGCUGUUCUUAAACCAAG